CCUCAACUCUCCACCCCCACCUUCUUAGCUCCGACACUCUUUCUCUCUCUACAAACCCAUUUGUUCCCUCUAAAAAAAUCGAAACUUUCCGUCCGAUUUUUAUAUCAGGGCUUCGUUCGAAGCUUAAUCGUAAUACAACAUGAGGUCAAUCUGUGGAACAUGUGGAAGCCAAGGAUGGAAAGGACUACUUGUAACUUGCUCUAAAUGCCGUAUAGCCUGUGAGCACCGUUACUGCAUGGCGAAACAUUCAUUUGAGACCACGAUAGAUUUCGUUUGUGCUGACUGUUCAAGGAGACCUGUUAAAAAAAGCUACCCUACAGAGUCGAUCAAAGCCUCCCCUAGAAGUCAAAAAAGUAAAGCGCGGGUUGAGUCUUCAAAUCCAGUUCCUAGAUGGAAAACAAUUCCUGAAUCAUCAAGAAUGAAGUUGAUUUCACCAGAGGAAGUCAAAAAACUUUCAUGUGGGAGCAAUAAGCCAACAUUUAAAGUACCAAGACCUGUUCCUGCUCGUUCUGCAAUGGGUUUAACGAAACAAACUGUUUGUUUUCCAAGAGCUAGAAGUCUGAAUUCUACAGUGGUGGCUCGCAAAACCAAUCCAUUUCUCCUUCCACCUAAGAAGUUUGAGCCUCCUAGUCCUCGUACUCUGCAGAUUCGUUCAGGAGCUUCUAAAGCAGUAGCAGUAGUGAAAGGGUCAAAAUCGAAAGUUGGUGGUGGAGCCAAAGAUCUUGGUUCAAAAGAGAUAUGCCAAUCAAUCUUAUCAGAAAAAUUGUUGCAAUUACUUCCAUAUCGACCAGCUUUGCACCCCACUUGGAAGGGUCGCAUCGUAGAUUCUGCUACACCGUCAGAGUUUAGCGGCGAUUUUUGGGCUCAACCGGCUUCUGAAAUCCAUGGGAAGGCUUACAAACUCUCAAAGGCGGUUCCUGUCUUGCUCAAGGUCGAAUUGGUCCCUAUAGGCAGUCUCUUGAAUGAUAUGUUUGUGAACAGAAACCCAGCGCUUUCAGAUGUCGAGAUGUACAUUUUCCCAGAUGACAAGAACACAAAAAGGUAUAAGGAGGAGCACGCUCAUAUCUUUAUGACCAUGAAGAGUCGCAAUGCCAUGAUCAGAAUUAACAUCAAUGGCACACCAUUGUUGAUAUUCUCUUCAGAGUUACUGGACAAGUCCUCUCAGAUUAUCAUCGAGAUGCAGAAGAAAACAACUAACUUCCUUUGGGGGAUUUUUCUCUUGACGAAAAAGUCAUUAGCACUUGUUCCAGGGAGUUCCAAUCAAACUGGUCAAUAUUUUGAUGAUGGAGAUGUGGUUGACAAUAACACUAAGGCAUUAGGCAUCAUCAUCACCUCAGUUCAGACAUACCGGAAUUCUUUGAAGCAAUUGCAGAGACAUUACAGGGAGAGGGAUUGAUCGAUGCAAGUCACUUAUUUUUUUUGUCUCAAUGAAACUGGUAAUAGCUCAUUUGCUAAUCUCUUGACUGUGACUGUGACUGUGUGUUCUUGUUUGUUGUAGCUUGUAAGAAGUAAUAAAUUCAGUCCUUGUAUUUACUUGUAGAUUUUAUGAGUACUGAGACGGCUAUGUUGUUUACGUUUUUCUUACCUAUUUACAUUAAAAGCGGAGACUCCAGUAACACGGUUAGAUCAAACUCUUUCUAUGACGAGGGACAAACAAAAGUAUGAAGUUCUUUUACGCUACCUUCUUCUUCUUCUUCUUCAGAGUUAAAGCAAUCUCCUUGCCUGUUGUUCCUCAAGGAGCAGACGUCAUUAGAUGAUUCAGAAUCUAAUCUUCCUUGUGGUGAAGAUUUUCAAGAGUAAUCGAUGUUUUACUUGUUACUCGUUUGGAUGUAGGAAUUUUUUUCUUAGGUUACAAGUCAUUUUUGAAACUUAUGACUAAAGUUUUGUUUUUUUUUUUUGUUAUUGAUAUGCUGUAUGUAUCAUCAAUGUUUUGGAGACGGGCGGGUUAUGGAUAAAAAAUUAUUAAUUGUGAGAGGAUUAAUGAUA